UUGCACGCAACCACAUACACAAACACACAGGCACGCAUCCACGUACUCCCCCCACGAGGCCCCUCCUUUAUCCCAGAGUCUCAUAUUUCCUGUUGUGCCUGUGAAAGCUUCAGUAAGAAUGUUAAACACUUGAGUUCUGAGCUUGUUCUUCUCACAAGCCUGUUGAUUUUUUUGUACAUUCUUCUACACUUUCUUCUAGACUGAGUCAGAAACCUUUGAAACACACUAUGCUGAAGGUUCCUUGUCUUCUUGUAGCUUCUUUAUGGCUGCAGCUUUUUCUCUGCAGCUUUUUAGGUCCGGUGGAAGGAGGGAAGGUCCUGGUGAUGCCCGUGGAUGGAAGCCACUGGUUAAGUAUGAAGAUCCUGGUGGAAGAAUUGUCUCGUAGAGGACACAAAAUGGUGGUUCUGGUUCCUGAUACCAGUGUUUUGAUCCAGGGCUCUGACAAAUACACGACUCAGAGCUUUAAGGUUCCGUACACCAAAGCUGAACUGGAUGGCAGCAUGAAAAUGCUGCAGGAGCGCAUCAUAAAAGCUCCGGCGUUCUCUGACCUGUAUGAGAACAUCAAUGGGCUUCUCAGCUUCACGAACAUGCAGGUGAAAGGAUGUGAGUCGCUGCUAUAUGACGAGGCUCUGAUGCAGGAGCUGCGUGAAAAACGCUUCGAUCUCAUGCUCACUGAUCCCUUCCUGCCGUGUGGCCCCAUCAUCAGCGAGGCCUUCUCUCUCCCUGUGGUUUAUUUCCUGCGUGGACUCCCCUGCGGAUUGGACCUGGAUGCCACUCAGUGUCCGUCGCCUCCGUCCUACGUCCCUCGUCUUUUCACAGACAACACAGAUGUCAUGACGUUUUCUCAAAGGGUCAAGAACGUGCUCAUGACGGGCCUCGAGGGAAUCCUCUGCAAAGUGAUUUAUUCCAGCUUUGACGAACUUACCAGCAGAUAUCUGAAGAAGGAUGUUUCAUAUAGAGAUGUUCUCGCACAUGCUGCCAUCUGGCUUAAUCGAUUUGACUUCACCUUUGAGCACCCGAGACCUGGAAUGCCCAACAUGGUGACAAUUGGGGGCAUCAAUUGUGCCAACAGGAAACCACUUCCUGCGGAUCUGGAGGAGUUCGUGGACGGCUCUGGAGAUCACGGCUUCAUCGUGUUCACUUUGGGAACCUUCGUGUCUGAGCUGCCAGAGUCCAAAACCCAAGAGUUUUUCAAGGCUUUCAGACAGAUUCCUCAGAGGGUUCUGUGGCGAUACAUUGGAGUCAUUCCUAAAGAUGUUCCUGAAAACGUCAAACUGUUAAAAUGGCUUCCACAGAAUGACCUCUUAGCACACCCCAAAGCCAAGGUGUUCAUCACACACGGAGGAUCUCACGGGAUCUACGAGGGAAUCUGUAAUGCCGUUCCCAUGGUGAUGAUCCCACUGUUUGGAGAUCAGAGAGACAACGUUAACCGCAUGGUGGUGCGUGGAGUUGCUGAGAGACUGAACAUGUACGACCUGAUCACAGAGAACCUGCUGAUAGCAAUCAGGAAAGUUCUCAACGACAAGAGCUAUAAAGAGAAGAUAACAAAGCUGUCUAUGAUCCAUAAAGACCGGCCAAUCGAGCCGCUGGAUUUGGCUGCAUUCUGGAGUGAAUUCGUAAUGAGACACGGAGGAGCCCAGCACCUGAGCCCGGCUGCUCAGCAACUCAACUGGGUUCAGUACCACAGUCUCGACGUCUUCGGCUUCCUCCUGCUUGUUCUCACCACUGUUGUUUUUAUCUCCGUCAAAACUUGCAUGUUCUGUUUCAGGAAGUGCUUCAGAAGGACUCUGAAGAGCAAAAAGGAGUGAGGAGGUCAGAGAAUGUUCAGGAAACUAAUGGAGAUCGACACAUAAGACUUUAUACUGUGAUCGUCUGAAACAGAUACACCGUCGUCAUCAUUGUUUUCUUUUUAAUAUCCAGAGGUGCCAACAUUUAUGCUUUAGCCUUAGUCAGAACCCAUUUCUAUGGUGACAUAAAAAAAUCGAUGAUUCUUAACAUUUCCAGCGAAUUCAUCACUCGAACGCUGGUCAAAUUCACCCAAGGGGAAAGGACACAGGAUGUGAUAGAUCUACUUACUUUCAUCUAGGUCAGCGGUCUCCAAAGGGCCGGUGUGGGUGCAGGUUUUCAAUCCAACCAAGCAGAAGCCACACCUGAUUCCACCUGUUUAAUCAGCUGUUCUUGGCUUUUAGUAGACUCUGGUGUGGCUUCUGCUUGGUUGGAAUGAAAACCUGCACCCACACCAGCCCUUUGAUAAGAUUGGAGACCCCGAUCUAGGUCAACAUUGACCUGCAGAUUAACAAGCCUGUGAUUGUCAAGAAAAUAUUGUUAAGUAUCACACACUAAAUGUUUGCUUCUUUGUUUUUUCUUUUUUCUAAUUGUCUCCUGAUGAAUUAAACAUUCUACUCUACUUUCUCACCCUCCAGAUCCAGCACACACCUAAUAUUAACAUACGCUUUUACCAAGAUGGUAAAAAAAAAGUAUUUACGUAGUAACCCUGGAUUAACCUUCUUUAAACUUUUCUGUUUUUCCCUCAAACUUUGCAGUUUCUGUGAUUGUACAAAUCACCUGAUAAAAAGCACUGUUCAGGUUCUGAAUGGGUGUAGGUUGCUAAGCAACUAUCUCUAACAUUCGAACACUGCAUCGUUUCGCACUCUUCAUGUCUGGCCCCACGUGGGAGCCAUGUGAAACAUUCCUCUAGUCGGGGUAAAAGAGGGGUUUAGAAAGACAAUAAGCUUUUAGGAGUGUUGAUAUGUUUUUCAGUAAUGGUAGCAUCUCUGAAUAUGCUAAAGGAUUUUGGAAGAACAUCUGUGCUUAAUUUGUAAAGAGAUAAAGAGAUAAGUCUAAGUAUCGGUGCUGCUUUUCAAAAAGCCACAUUAAACCAUAAUCUCUUUAAACCUCACACUUAAUUUCCUUCUGUUUAAACAGUCAGAACCGGUGUAGUGGGUCGGACGAUUUAUCGCACCGUGAAUUUAUGGUGCUGUUCUACCUCUAAAAAGAUCGCUACCUCCUGCCUACGGGCCUUGAAUGUUACAAACGGUUUACGUUUAACCUUACAUUGGAUGGAUGUAACUCUGGGCAUGUUUCCUUUUAAUCUGAAGUGAGUGUUUAAUCCUUGGCAUUUUACUGAGUAAAUAAGAUGUUUUAGUUUAUUAAGCAGCUUUAGCACAAGUGCAGCGUCGAAAAGCUGUUAGCUAGCGCUAGCUAUCUGACUAUCUGACUUCAGUAGAGUAGCUAAAUGACUAUCUGAAUGUAACAUAACAUUUGAAAGAGCUAACACAUACAUGCAACAACAUAUUAACAAGUAUCAAAUACACUUUAGUUCUACAUUCUAAAUGGUCAAAAUGUGUUGACCUUCAUUUUGCUUUAAUACACUAUCGUUUCUAUAGUAACAGUGACUUCUCACUAACGUGACAAGCUGCAUUUUUUUGUUGGUUUGUAGAAUUUUGUACAGUAGAGGCUGUAGAUGGAAUGACUGUUUAUAGCUACCGCAACAUUCACUGUAGGAAAAUGAAGUAUGAAGUGUUCUUUUAUAAAAUAAACAAAAAAACAUUUACAGCUGUGGCAUAAAAACAAUCCAUGACACAUUAUUUUCACACAAACAAAUGUUAAAAACAAAUGUUUUAUUUCUUAAUUAUUAAUAUUUGAACAGACACACUGAGCAUUUUCUGUGACUUUUGUGUAAUCCAUAAUUUUUUUUAACGUUUUUGUUUCCUUCAUUGUGUUCUAAAGGUGCACAAACUUUUGCACACAGCUACUUGGUGGUGCUGAAAUCUAAUUUAAUGUUUAAAGCUAAACUGAUUAGGGGGUCUAAUAGGUUUAAUUAUUUUAUUUCAGAUAAGUCUUUAAUAAAAUCUUUUAUUUCAGUCUUUAAGAUUUAAAAGAUUGUUUGUUUUAGAUUUAAUCACAUUUAGGAAUUCUUUAAAAGUGAAUUAUGAAAAUGGUGAAUGAUUAUUUUUUUCUCUUUAAAUGAAAGUUUUAUUUUAUUAUGUUUAAUAAAAUAAUACCUUUGUGAUGUGUUACAAAAUUUCCAGGCAGUUUCAGGGUACAUGUGGAACAGGUGGAAAAGAUCCGACAGUGUUGGUUUUAGUUAAACAGCAACGUUAUUUUCUUAUCUACUGUAACUGUAUUUUAUCUCCAUGGUGUUAAAGUGAUCCGGUAUAUUUUCGAAAAUAUUAGAAUUUUCUUUUAUUUUGAUUCCCAUGAUUCUUUGUUUUGUGUUUAAUUUUCUUAGUACACAAUAAAAAAAAGAAAACCUC